CCCACCUCCCGCCUUCUUCUCGGCUGUGCGUAUCCUCUAAGACACCUCUGUCCCGCGGCGGAUUAUUUAUUUAUUCGCUGAGCUCUCGGAGGCCAUUCGAUUCUCCACGCUGAGAAGCACCAGAGCGCUGUACCAGUCUAACCACCUGUAGCUCUAUACGCACCCAGAAAAUAACAAACUGCUAGCCGGCGACAAGCGCGAUGACCUCCGCGUGCCGCGUCAUGCACACUACGAUUGCCGCCGCCGAACUGCUGGAGGGUCUGGAAGGAAAGCGCUAAAGUGGCUCCGGCUCAUUCGUGCAGGAUGGACUUGGAGAGGACGCUGGCUGCAGCACGACAGGGAGAUCUAGACGCCCUGAAACAGCUGCAUCGGGAUCGAGAGUUGCUUGCAGAAGUGCGAGACCCGCUUGGGGCUACUUUGGUGCAUCACGCAGCCCGCGCUGGGCGACUGAGCUGCGUUCGAUACUUAGUAGAAGACGCGGGACUGUCCGGCUUCAGCCGUGCCAGGAACGGAGCGAGUCCCGCACACGACGCGGCAGCCACGGGUAACCUGGGCUGUCUGCAGUGGCUUCUGAACCUGGGUGGCUGCAGAGCAAAGGAUAGGGAUAACUCUGGGGCCACAGUAUUACACCUUGCAGCUCGCUUUGGCCACCAUGAGAUAACCGACUGGCUCCUAAGGAGUGGGGAAGGGGACCCCAAUGCUGUGACAGACACUGGAGCCCUUCCUGUCCACUAUGCUGCAGCCAAAGGAGACCUUGCCUCACUAAGACUUCUUUUGGAGCAUAAUCCCAGUGUGAUCAAUGCUCAAACAAAAAAUGGUGCCACUCCCCUGUAUCUGGCCUGUCAGGAAGGUCACCUUGAGGUUGUCCAAUACCUGGUGAAGGACCGUGGUGCGGGGCCACAUAUAAGAGCCAAUGAUGGGAUGACACCUCUCCAUGCAGCCGCCCAAAUGGGUCACAACACAAUCAUUGUAUGGCUGAUGAGUUUCACAGAUAUUAGCCUGUCUGACCCAGAUGAUGAUGGUGCCACUGCUAUGCAUUUUGCUGCCAGUCGAGGCCAUGCAAAAGUCCUCAGCUGGCUCCUCCUUCAUGGUGGAGAAAUUUCACGGGACAACUGGGGGGGCACACCACUCCAUGACGCUGCUGAAAAUGGUGAACUUGAAUGUUGCCAGAUAUUAGUGGUGAAUGGUGUGGACCUUGGAAUCAAAGAUCAUGAUGGUUAUUCUGCUGCUGACCUUGCAGAAUAUAAUGGACACUCCCAGUGUGCCAAGUAUCUGCGCACAGUGGAGAAUAUGAGUGUGGAGCACAGAGUACUUUCUCGAGACCCUUCUGCUGACCUGGAGUUCAAGCAGCCUGAUUCAGGGAUGUCCUCACCCAACACAACAAUGUCAUCUACAGCCCAGCAAAUGCGAUAUGACAUUGGUUCGCCCACCAGCACUUUGUCCAACUAUGAUUCCUGUAACUCAAGCCAGUCUAGCACAGGAGAGAAGAGGGGAGCCAACCCCACUGCAAGCAGAAGUGCAGGGAUGCCAGAAACUGCCAUUACUGACAUGCAAACAUACAUGGACAUGUUGAACCCAGAACUAGGUGCAGGAGGCCAAAAGAAAUCUUCAUUAAAUCCUGGUGCAGCACCCCCUCCUCCCCCGCCUAGCUUUCCUCCCCCUCCUCCUCCUGCAGCUUCUGCCAUUCCCCCUCCUCCCCCUACAUAUCCUGCUCCAAACCCACCUGAUGGUCAGCCAUCUGCCGAGAUCUACCUACAGGUGAAGAAUAAUCUACGGCAUGUGGAUAGUGAUACUAUAAGGAAGGAGCUGGUUCCAGAAAACUGCACCCCAGAGAGGUUACGACGAGCUGACUCCAACAGAAAGUCGAGAAACUUCAACAAGCAGCCCAGCACAGGAGAUUACUACAAAUCGCUCAGCUCUGACGUGACGGCCAAGCGUGGGAACAAGACGAUGGCCCCGGAAGAGGAGGGUUCACCCUUGCUAGAGGAGGCAAUGGAGAGGGGAAACAGCCUAGAGAAUGAUGCCAUAGAUGGCCAGCCUGGCCCUCCUCCUCCUCCCCCACCUCUUCCAGAGAGCCGUCCAACCCCUCCCCCACCUCCUCCACUCCCUACUGACUGCACCCAGGCUAGCACAGACCAGCGGCGUCCAUCUUCAUCUUCUGGAAGCUCAAAAUCAUUCAACAUGAUGUCCCCUACUGGUGAUAAUUCUGAACUGUUAGCAGAAAUUAAGGCAGGGAAAAGCCUGAAGCCAACUCCUCAAAAUAAAGGCUACACAACAGUUUUCUCAGGCAGUGGGCAGCCUGUGCACAGUGCUGAGCCACCAGUAUCUCCUGCUCCAGUAAGUCCAACAGUUCAGCCGUCAUCCCCUAGUGCCAGCCUGCCUGCAACACCCUCUGCUCCACCUUGUGAUAGCCUGCCAAGCCUGAAAUCCAGUAGUGAGCAGGGUAGCUGUUCUGUGGUAAAUGGCUGGGCUGAGUCAAAGAUGCCCAAUUCUGGUAGUCUGGCAGAUGUCGAGUCUUUGGUGCCUACACAUGAUGAGCAGGGCCGGCCCAUCCCUGAAUGGAAGAGGCAGGUCAUGGUCCGCAAACUGCAGCUCAAGAUACAAGAAGAGGAAGAGCAGAAACGCAAGGAGAAAGAGGAAGAGGCACGCUUAGCAGCAAUGCCAGCCUGGAGAAGAGAAAUUGUAAAGAAGAAGCUGGAAGAAGAAAAAGAGCAGAAAAGAAAAGAGGAAGAAAGGCUAAAGAAAGAAAAGCAAGAAGAGGAAAAGGCACAGCUAGAAAAAUUACGAACCCUUGGCUAUGACGAGACAAAGCUUGCACCCUGGCAGCGGCAGGUUAUCCUAAAGAAAGGUGACAUAUCCAAGCAUUAAGAGAAGAGCAAAAUGGGGAUGCAUCCUUUCUGGCUGUGUGUCACUGAAAACCAAAUCUGCACUGUUUUGUGGAGAAGGGCAGUCUUUCUGCCUUGUGCUGCCUGUGUCAGAGUGGUAAAAUUAAAUUAAAAUCAAGACCAGUAGGCUGCAGUGAGAUCUGUAGCUUUCACAAAAAGCAAUGACUUUAUGAAUCCGAUCAUUACCCUUUUGGGACAUGACUAUUAUCUUAGUUAAGUAUAAAAAUUUAAAUGGAUGCUUUAUAUGGAGAAGCCUCCAUUUGCCUUUUUAAGUAAGAUAUCAGCCCUUAAAUCCUCUCUCCUUUUAAUAUUUCCCCUUACUCUUACCUCAUGUCACCCAUUGUUCCUGUUUGUAAGAAACUGCUGCUUCAUGAAGAUUUCUUCUAUCAUAAUUUGGGAAAAGGAAAUUCUACAAGUUUCUUUUUGUGACACUAUACAGCCAACCAACACAUCUUAUCCCUGGCUUGUAAGAGUCUGAAAUAAAUUUAGUCACUUAUAAAAUCCAUCUUCUGGCAAAUAUUUUCUCUGUUGUUUCAGAAAGCAGCAUAUGAGAAUGUAAUACAGAUAAAAGUCGUUAGUUAUUCACUGAGUUCUUCAGUAGAAUGGCAGCAAGACAUGCCGAAGUAGAAUGAGCCAGCUGCCAUUAGUAACCUUGAAGCUACAUUUUCUCUGUUUUGCUCUUUUCAACAUUCUGUCAGCUAUAGCCAAAUGUGACAGAGUGUACAACUCACGUUUCUUUUUUUAUUUUACCUGGUUUAAAUGCAGUACAACUCUGUACGUGAUUUUUAUUGCUUAUAAUGGCUGGGUACAUAAAUUUAAGUAUAACAUAGUUGAAUCACCAAAAAUUGUGGUGAGAAUGGCCUUUAAAUGAUUUGCUUUUUUAUAUACUCUUAUAUGUAGCUGAAAAUGUGAACGACUUUCUAUACACUUAGAUCUCAAGUGGCACAUAUGUUGUGCAAACUAAAGUCCAUUUUGAUUGGCCUGAGACCAUAAGUGAAUUUAGAUAGUGCUUGGGUUAGCAGUGGUGUAGCAUGUUUGCUGAAGUAACCUAGGCUGAAAGUGUUAGCAAAAGUUGUGCGAAGCCCCCUACUUAGGGCCAGUUGUCAGUGUCAGUGCUGUAUGAUAAACAAAGGAGAACCAUGAUUCCUGGAAUAAGGCCUUGUAGUUGCUUUCACUGGCAUUUGGCUCAAAUACUUCACUUACCUUUAAAGGACUUCUUUAAGUUUCCACGUUGAAAUCUUUGCGUCCUACCACGGCAUCAUAGUGCCAGGACCUUGCUCAGGAGUAGAUUGCCUCAUUCCAAAGUUUGCUUGGAUAUGCUUGGAAACCUUCCACAGAUCAAUUGACCCUGCCAGCUACACUUUUAAUAUACACAAUUUGCUCUUGAUGUACAUUUAUUUUGCAAAUGAAGAUUUAUAUAUUGUAUAGGAACAUUUCAUGCAGAAUACAGGUAUCUGGUCAAUGUUCAAUAACAUUAAAUUCAUUUCAGUGGAUGCCAUAAUAUUUUUAAGACAAAUGAAAAGCUGAUGCCAUUAGAAAGUUUUCUUUUGCUAAUCUGUAUCUCCUGUUGUCUUGUAAAUGUUAUCAGUCCUUAAUUUUUUCAAGCUUGCUUAAGUAGCUGAUGGAUAUAUUUGUGUAA